AGACCUUUCAACAAACAAGACAGCCCUACACCAGAGACCUUUCAACAAACAAGACAGCCCUACACCAGAGACCUUUCAACAAACAAGACAGCCCUACGCAACAGAGUCCUUUCAACAAACAAGACAGCCCAACACUACAGAAACCUUUCAAACAAGACAGCCCUAGACUACAGAGACCUUUCAACAAACAAGACAGCCCUACACUACAGAGACCUUUCAAACAAGACAGCCCUAGACUACAGAGACCUUUCAACAAAAAAGAUAGCCCUACAAUACAGAGACCUUUCAACAAACAAGACAGCCCUACACUACAGAGUCCUUUCAACAAACAAGACAGCCCUACACUACAGAGACCUUUCAAACAAGACAGCCCUAGACUACAGAGACCUUUCAACAAACAAGACAGCCCUACACUACAGAGACCUUUCAAACAAGACAGCCCUAGACUACAGAGACCUUUCAACAAAAAAGAUAGACCUACAAUACAGAGACCUUUCAACAAACAAGACAGCCCUACACUACAGAGUCCUUUCAACAAACAAGACAGCCCUACACUACAGAGACCUUUCAAAACAAGACAGCCCUAGACUACAGAGACCUUUCAACAAACAAAACAGUGCUACACUACAGACACCUUUCAACAAACAAGACAGCCCUAGACUACAGAUACCUUUCAAUAAACAAGACAGCCCUAGACUACAGAGACCUUUCAAUAAACAAGACAGCCCUACGAUACAGAGACCUUUCAAUAAACAAGACAGUGCUACACUACAGAGACCUUUCAACAAAGAAUACAGUCCUACACUACAGAGACCUUUCAACAAACAAGACAGCCCUACACUACAGAUACCUUUCAAACAAGACAGCCCUAGACUACAGAGACCUUUCAACAAACAAGACAGCCCCAGACUACAGAUACCUUUCAACAAACAAGACAGCCCUACACUAGAGACCUUUCAAUAAACAAGACAGCCCUACACUAGAGACCUUUCAACAAACAAGACAGCCCUACACUACAGAGACCUUUCAAACAAGACAGCCCUAGACUACAGAGACCUCUCAACAAACAAGACAGCCCUACACCAGAUACCUUUCAACAAACAAGACAGCCCUACACCAGAGACCUUUCAACAAACAAGACAGCCCUACACCAGAGACCUUUCAACAAACAAGACAGCACUACACUACAGAGACCUUUCAACAAACAAGACAGCCCUACACUACAGAGACCUUUCAACAAACAAGACAGCACUACACUACAGAGACCUUUCAACAAACAAGACAGCCCUACACUACAUAGACCUUUCAACAAACAAGACAGCCCUAGACUACAGAGACCUUUCAAUAAACAAGACAGCCCUACAAUACAGAGACCUUUCAAUAAACAAGACAGUGCUACACUACAGAGACCUUUCAACAAAGAAUACAGUCCUACACUACAGAGACCUUUCAACAAACAAGACAGCCCUACACUACAGAUACCUUUCAAACAAGACAGCCCUAGACUACAGAGACCUUUCAACAAACAAGACAGCCCUAGACAACAGAUACCUUUCAACAAACAAGACAGCCCUACACUAGAGACCUUUCAAUAA